GUGAAGUGAUAUAAGUAAGGAUGAAAGCGUGAAGCAAUGCCAGAAAGCAAAGUUAGCAAACAUUUAGAUCUACACAAACUGAGUAACUUUAAAUAUAAGUGAAAGAUUAAAAUCGAUUCUAAAUGCCUAAAGACAGGAUAAAAAAGAAGUCUCGUCAGCAUGGAGCAGCUGCUAGUCAAGGAAUUCAGUUUAAAACUGAUCUUGGUCAACAUAUAUUAAAAAAUCCACUUGUUGUCAAUGGUUUGAUUGAAAAGGCUGGUUUGAGAUCAACUGAUACACUUUUAGAAAUUGGUCCUGGAACUGGUAAUAUGACUGUCAAACUUCUUGAAAAAGUAAAAAAGGUAAUUGCAUGUGAAGUUGACCCCAGGCUAGUUGCCGAAUUAAAGAAAAGAGUGCAAGGAAUGCCAUAUGCAUCAAAGUUACAAGUAAUUAUUGGUGAUGUUCUUAAAGCAGAUCUUCCAUAUUUUGAUGUUUGUGUUGCUAAUCUUCCAUAUCAAAUUUCAUCACCAUUUAUCUUUAAACUUCUGUUACAUCGUCCAUUCUUCAGAUGUGCAGUAUUGAUGUUUCAGCGAGAGUUUGCACAAAGACUUGUAGCUCAACCUGGAGAUAAAUUAUAUUGUAGACUUUCUAUUAACACACAAUUAUUGGCUAGAGUUGAUCAUUUGAUGAAGGUUGGUAAAAACAAUUUCCGACCACCACCUAAAGUUGAGUCAAGUGUCGUGCGUAUUGAGCCAAAGAAUCCUUCCCCACCAAUAAACUUUCAGGAAUGGGAUGGUCUUGUGAGAAUAGCAUUUGUAAGGAAAAAUAAAACUCUAAGUGCAUGUUUUGGUUCAAAGUCUGUUUUGGAAUUGAUAGAGAAGAACUACAGAAUACAUUGUUCUUUUAACGAAGUAAUGUUGGAAGAAAACUUUGAUAUGAAGACCAAAAUCCAAGAAAUUUUAAAUGAAAAUGAUUUUUCUAAGAAAAGAGCUAGAUCUAUGGACAUUGACGAUUUCUUAAAAUUACUUCAAGUUUUCAACUCAAACGGAGUUCAUUUUGCGUGAACGUGAGUGAUUGAGAAUUGUUGUUGAUUGACUGUAAAGGUUUGAAGGAUGUUUUUAAGGUAGAAAUAAUGUUAUUUGAUAAAAUUGUUGUAUAAUAGUGUAUGUGUGAAAACCUUUUAUGAAGUCAAUAAUUAGCUUUUUUUGACCUAUGCUA